AUGAACAUGACUUAUGGUGAAGUAAAUAGACCUUUAUCGUUUUUGUCUGGAUAUGUUAUUUGUGUGAGUGGAUAUACUAAUGAAGCCAGAGAAUUAUUAAAGAGUAUGAUUGAAUUAUGUGGUGGAAUAUAUAUGGAAGAUAUGGAAUGUCGAUCAGUAACUUUUUUGUUAUCUACAAAUCCAGCAAGUGAGAAAACAAAGCAUGCUAUAAGAUGGGGUGUUCCUGUUUUGUCGCAACAAUGGUUGUUUGAUUGUUUAUAUAACCAAAGAUUAUUAUCUAUCAAUCCAUAUCUUCUUAAUGCGAAGAAGUAA